UAACCUGCUAAGGGUUGAGAUGGACGUCUUCAACCUGGGGUUUGGUGACCCUUAAGUGCUGGCGAUAUGUCCUUCAGUGGUGAGGAGAGCCAGCCCCCUCCUUCUGCGCCUCCCCUCAACCGCACGUCUUCUUCGCGGCCGCUGCCAUGGGAGGAGGCUCGCUCGAACGAGACUUUGCUCCCAGACCUGUCUGGUCUGGGCCACGACGAGCAAUGUCACACGCCUCCCAUCCUCACGGCGUUUCUGGUGGUGUGGUACAGCAUCACAAUGGUGCUGGGCCUGGUGGGCAACGUCGGCCUUAUCUGCAUAAUUACUCGGUGCCGGGAGAAAGCCAACGUCACCAGCAUUUUCAUCUGUAAUCUGUCAUUCUCUGACAUUCUGGUGUGUGUCUUCUGCCUCCCUUUCACACUCAUCUACACGCUCAUGGACCACUGGGUGUUUGGGUCACUGCUAUGUCGGCUGGUGCCUUUUAUUCAAUGCAUGUCGGUGACCGUUUCCAUCCUCUCCCUUGUUUUUAUUGCCCUGGAGAGACACCAGCUCAUCAUUAAUCCGGCCGGCUGGAAACCCAGUAUCCCCCAAGCCUACACAGCCGUUGUCAUCAUCUGGAUUCUAGCCUGCUUCACCUCCUCGCCUUUCCUGGCCUUUCAGUUGCUCACGAACGAGCCCUACGCUAACGUGAUCUUGCCUCAGUCUGCUCUCUUUCACGAAACGCCACCCCCGCAUUACGUCUCGCCUGCUAACUCGUCCGUGCUUCCGAAUUCUCUCAAUUUUCACAACCUUUACGCGUCCUCGCACAUGGAGGCCUGUCUGGAGCGUUGGCCCUCCCAGCAUCACCGGCUGACCUACACCACGUGGCUGUUGCUUUUCCAGUACUGCGGCCCCCUCAUUCUUGUCCUGUUGUGUUACGUCCGAGUAAUUGUGCGCCUACGUCACCGCAAAGACAUGCUGGACCGUGCCAGGAAGCCCGAGAACCAGCGCAUGACUCACAGCCGUCGCAUCAACAUCAUGCUGGUGGCCCUGAUCACGGCCUUCGCCCUAUGCUGGCUUCCGCUCACCAUCUUCAACGCCGUGUCCGACUGGAACCAGGAUGUGCUGCCCGUGUGCCACCACAACUUGCUCUUCUCACUCUGCCACCUCCUAGCCAUGUCGUCCACCUGCAUCAACCCCAUCAUCUACGGAUUCCUUAACUCCAACUUCAGGCAGGAGGUGAGGGAAGUGCUCCAGUACUGCUGCUGUCGCCCUCUACAGGAGGAGUGUGAGCGCUUCCCCAUGUCCACCGUUCACAUGGAGGUGUCUCGCACCUCGGUUCCACUCACCUGCAGGAGUAACUCUGCUUGAGAGUUGAGAUGAUUGUAAUUUUACAACUUUCAUUUUUUUUCCCAUGAAGUACAGUGUACUCUUUUAUGUCUGUGGACAACAUACAGCCCAACAAGCAUUGACAUUAAUUAUCGAGAGUCACAUAUUUCUUUCGUUGAUCUAGCCCAGAAGUCGCAAACCAGACGUCGCCAACCAGAGGUCGAGCUACUUGGUAAAUGUGGUAUCCAUAAAUCCCUCCACAAUUUAUUUAUAUUAAUUCUAUAUUUAAAAAGCAAAAUCUCAAUUGGUCUGACUUUAAUAUUUCUUUUUUAUUUGUUUUGUUACAUUUAAUAAUAUGUCAAUGGAUUUAUUGAAAACAAAACAGCCGAAUAGUGAUUUUUGUUUACAUAUAUAUUGGAUAUGGGUGAUAGGGAGCAAGUUGCCCCAUAAACACAGGUCACAUAUGAGAGUCUUGAUACUAAAUUGACAUCUAGGGGAGGAAACUUUUGAUUGACAGUAGUAUUAUGGUUAUGGAUGUGGUGUACUAUGUUGGUCUUCUUAAGUUCAUCACAUUGUAUAACAGCUGGAAGAACGCACAAAUAAUGUUUUUUCUUGUCACCCUUUAAAAAUUGGUAAAGAGACUAAAAAGCAGUAUGUGUUUAUCUUGCUUAGAGGGGAAGUGAAGUCAAAUCUAAACUUUAUAAUUAAUAUGUUCUAUGCGCAAGAGCAUUCCAACCGGACGCCUUGCAUUUCUAAAAACAUUAGAGUACAGAUUGCAGUGUCCCAAAGGGUUUCAUUAAGCCAACACAAGUUGCACUGUGCACCUUAAAAAAAAGUGUAUAGGUUUUUGCUUAGCAGUCGUUGUCAAAAUGAAUAAUUCCAAAUGUAUAUACAGCGUGACAUUGCUUUAUAACAUCAAUAUGAAAGGAAAUUGAGAUUUAGUAUUAGAAUACGUGUCACUACUUAAAUCUUUUCACAAAAGCAGGGAUGGGGAGCCUGCAGCUUAUAUAUGAGCAAUUGAUUUGGUACAUCACACAAUUUCAAAAACUAAUCAAAAAAAAAAAAGACACAAACAAACCUAACACAAACUCACAAUUGUUCAUAUGAUUUGUUUGAAUGUUCUAGUAAAUGUGGCUUUUAAGGGCUUUGUAACAAUUGAAAUGGCCUCUAAAAAAGGAUACCCAACCCUGUUUUAAACGCUGCUUCUUUGUGCAUAAAUUACUGCAUGAGGUCCUUCAAAGGCAUGUAGCCUACAAUGAAAUAUCUCGGUAUUUAGCGCUAACGCGUCUUUUUAUUAUGAAAAUAUGAAGUACAUUUUUAAUAUGUAGUGAAUAUUUUCCUGUACGUUUAAUUAGUUUUGUAUAAGUCUCAUAUCUGUGCCGUGAAACUUUGUUAAAAGGAAAAACGAUGCAUGUUUUUGUGUGAUAUC